AUGAACACUGUCGAGCUACCAAGCUCCUCUUUCCUAACAAGUGCUUUACAGGCUGUCGAACUGCCAAAUGCAUCCCUUUUGCUGAAGGUUCUCUUUCGAAUGAAUAUCCUCGUCGUCCUCCUCUGCGUCGUAUUCCGACAACCGUACAUGAAGUACUACUUUGUGCCUCUCAUCACAACGGCCUACACUCUGAGUGCUGCGACAAUGACUGCGUGGAUACUUCUGCUUUCCUUCGUGGAAUCGAGUUGUUGUCAGCGCCUGAAGAGCGUGCCGGUCCCUGCGUCAAACUGGGCCCUUAUCAGACGGAUAAAGGCAACGCGGGACUUUGUUGAGACGUACAGAAAAGACAUAUGUUUCCUCCUAGUACUUUCUGCGGCAUUCCUGUACUCACAUCUUCUGCAAACAUCCAGUGGGCUGUUUUCAUUUACAUUUUUCAAGAGUCCUCUGAAGUAUUUGUUUGGACCAGCGACUGGACAGUGGAAGUACCGAUGGUCGAUCGACGGUUAUUCGACGGUUUUGGGCUUGGCAAUCGGCUAUGCUGUUAGUAAAUGGAAGGAGUUCCGUCAACAAGAACAAAAUCAUGAAAGCUCGUUAGAAAAGGACAUUCUCAGGCCAGCAGAUUAUUACAGGAUUCCAAAGCUCAUUCUGACAUGCCUUACCACCACCGGAAGUAGCGUUGCACUAAUCGUAAGCCUUGCGUUGAUCUGA